GGGGGAGGGGUAUGAACGUCUAAUGGUGGCAGUCUGGCAUGGCUAGGUGGGUUGCGCAGUAAUAAAUGCAUAUUUUGAAUUUAGCCUUGGUGUCGCCUGCAUGGCUCAAAGCUGUGCCCUGUGCUCUCUGCAAACCUUCCCACAAGGAUUUCCUCCUCUUGCCAUAUUGGAUUUGGAUGGAUAAUCUUCUUCUCUGUUGAGAUUUUUCGUUUUUCUCUUUCCCUCCUGACCACAGCCCCCAAAAAAUAUCGCUUCUGCCAACUUGGUCUUCGUCUCUAUAUGGACAGUCCCUCGUUUCUUCUUGAAAGCUUGUUCGGGAGCAGUAUAAAUAGUCGUGUCACGAUUGGGGAUGAACCUAAAAUCAUCUGAGUAGAUCUACAUUUUGCAAAAUCAUUUGGCUGAGGUACAAUCCAUGCGUAUGCCUGGGAACAAGUAUAACUUCCCUGCCACCACCCCAAGUAGAUUGGAAAGGCUCUUGAGGGAAAGAGAGCUACGAAAAUUCAACAGGUCUCUCCAGCCAAAUGAGGAUUUCAGAAAUGGUAACACAGAGGUUGAGCUCUCUGGGAAUGAUCUGUUUUUAACCGAGGGUGAUGGUCGGGGGCUUACCAAUGAAGAAGAAUUUUUGGAAGGGUUUGCAGUGGCAAGAGUGCUUGGUGAUGCACGUGAAAGGAAAGAUGGCUGGCCUCCAAAACAACGUUUGUUAGUUGUAGCUAACAGGCUGCCGGUUUCUGCAGUUAGGAAGGGCGAGAACUCAUGGCAACUGGAGAUAAGUGUAGGGGGGCUAGUCAGUGCACUAUUGGGUGUGAAGGAGUUUGAGGCACGAUGGAUUGGGUGGGCUGGAGUAAAUGUGCCUGAUGAAAUUGGAAAGGAAGCACUCACUAAAGCUCUCGCUGAAAAGAGGUGCAUACCGGUUUUCCUUGAUGAAGAGAUAGUUCAUCAAUAUUAUAAUGGCUAUUGUAACAACAUAUUGUGGCCUCUUUUCCAUUAUCUUGGUCUUCCACAAGAAGACCGCCUUGCAACUACUCGCAGCUUCCAAUCUCAAUUUGAUGCAUAUAAGAAGGCAAAUCAAAUGUUUGCUGAUGUGGUAAACAAGCAUUAUGAGGAGGGUGAUGUCGUUUGGUGCCAUGAUUACCACUUAAUGUUUCUUCCAAAAUGCUUAAAAGAACAUAACAGCAAGAUGAAAGUUGGUUGGUUUCUCCAUACACCUUUUCCUUCUUCAGAAAUACAUAGAACACUCCCAUCCCGAUCAGAGCUCCUCAGAUCCGUUCUUGCUGCUGAUUUAGUUGGUUUUCACACAUAUGAUUAUGCAAGGCAUUUUGUUAGUGCUUGUACUCGUAUUCUUGGGCUUGAGGGUACACCUGAAGGAGUAGAGGAUCAAGGAAAGUUAACUCGUGUGGCUGCGUUUCCAAUUGGUAUAGAUUCUGAUCGCUUCAUUCGAGCACUUGAACUCCCUCAAGUCCAGGUUCACAUGCAGGAACUGAAAGAAAGGUUUGCAGGCCGGAAGGUCAUGUUAGGUGUUGAUCGUCUUGAUAUGAUCAAGGGAAUUCCGCAAAAGAUACUGGCAUUUGAAAAGUUCCUUGAGGAAAAUCCAGAUUGGCGUGAUAAAGUUGUUUUGCUUCAAAUUGCUGUGCCAACAAGGACAGAUGUUCCUGAAUAUCAAAAGCUUACCAGCCAGGUUCAUGAAAUUGUUGGGCGCAUCAAUGGAAAAUUUGGAACUCUAACUGCUGUUCCAAUACAUCAUUUGGAUCGAUCUCUUGACUUUCAUGCAUUAUGUGCACUGUACGCAGUCACUGAUGUGGCACUUGUUACAUCAUUAAGGGAUGGAAUGAAUCUUGUUAGCUAUGAGUUCGUGGCCUGCCAAGCUUCAAAGAAAGGAGUUCUCAUUCUAAGUGAGUUUGCAGGUGCAGCACAGUCACUUGGUGCUGGAGCUAUUUUGGUAAACCCAUGGAAUGUUACAGAAGUAGCAGCUUCAAUUGGUUAUGCCUUGAAUAUGCCAGCUGAUGAAAGAGAGAAACGGCACCGGCAUAACUUUAUGCAUGUGACUACUCACACAUCUCAAGAGUGGGCAGAAACCUUUGUGAGUGAACUCAAUGAUACCAUUGUUGAAGCUCAAUUGAGGACAAGACAAAUUCCACCUUUACUUCCGAAAAAAAUUGCAAUUGAACGUUAUUUGCUAGCAAAUAAUCGAUUGCUUAUACUGGGGUUCAAUGGAACAUUAACUGAACCAGUGAAUGUACCAGGGAGAAGAGGUGGUCUAAUAAAAGAAAUGGAGCUUAAGCUACACCCAGAUUUAAAAGAACCUCUGAAAAGGCUAUGUGAAGAUCCAAAGACUACAAUUGUUGUUCUCAGUGGAAGUGACAGAAGUGUCCUGGAUGAUAACUUUGCUAGCUAUAAAAUGUGGUUGGCGGCAGAAAAUGGUAUGUUUUUACGUCUUACAAAGGGAGAUUGGAUGACAACAAUGCCAGAAAAUUUGAAUAUGGAUUGGGUUGAUAGUGUAAAGCAUGUAUUUGAGUAUUUCACUGAAAGAACACCACGGUCUCAUUUUGAGCUUCGUGAGACUUCACUUGUAUGGAAUUACAAGUAUGCAGAUAUUGAGUUUGGAAGGCUUCAGGCAAGGGAUAUGUUGCAGCAUCUGUGGACAGGCCCAAUAUCUAAUGCAUCUGUUGAUGUUGUCCAAGGUGCUCGCUCUGUUGAGGUCCGCGCAGUUGGCGUUUCAAAGGGUGCUGCAAUUGAUCGUAUCUUAGGAGAAAUAGUUCAUAACGAAGGCAUGAAGUCACCCAUUGAUUAUGUCCUGUGUAUAGGGCACUUUCUUGGGAAGGAUGAAGACAUCUAUACAUUUUUUGAGCCAGAGCUUCCUUCUGAAACCCCAGCAGCAGCAAGAUCAAAGGUUCCAGAUCCUGUCAAACCAUCUUCACCAAAGCUUCCGGCCAGCAAAAGUGGUUUGAAAGCACCUCGUAUUAAGAAUCCAUCGCCAUUGUCGACUUUACAGAAGAGAGCAAGCAAUCAAGGAAGUGGGCUUGGUUUAUGGUCUGCAACACGUGAUAGAAUGUCAUUGUACGAGGGUUCCUCAGUCCUCGAUCUCAAGGGAGAUAAUUACUUCUCAUGUGCUGUAGGAAGGAAGCGAUCAACAGGCCGGUAUCUACUUGGAUCUUCUGAGGAUGUUGUAACACUUUUGAAGGAGCUGGCAGAGUUUUCAGUAUCGAGUUGAUCAUAUUAUGCCUUCCUUUUUUACCUUUCAUUCUGAAGAUCAGGGAUGUUGGAGGAGAACGAAGAAAGCAUGGCAUGGUGAUGGCUUGGUUGCUGCCAGAUUCUUCAUUUCUAGAUCAACCUCUUCUGUAAAAUUCAAACCUUUUUCUCCAAGCAAGAUGGAUCAUGUUAGUGUAGAAUUUUAGUUACACUGAGCUGGCAUUAGCUGUAGCAACAACAGAUGAACUUUGUAUAGCAUUCAGAUUAUCUCAACUCUUAAGUAGUUGGGAUCGAAGCAUAGUUGAAUUGAUUAUGAUAAAAUUGAAUCAUGUUCUUGAAA